CUGCCCGACCGACAAGAUGAAGAUGAAGAAGCGCGUCAUGUGCGUGUACGACGGCCAGCGGAGGCUGUGGAAAGAUGAUAUGAUGCUGGACCGUGAUUACGAGUGUCGCUUGAAGCUGCCUGAUGGCAAAGGCUACAUCACCGACUUCGACAUCCACACACUCAAACGUGCGGAUGCUCUUCACAACGCGACCGAAGAAGAAAAGGGGCCGUGGCGGCCAGACAACAUCAUCGGCGACUCAAACAACCUGACAGCCGAGCUCGAAGAGUUUGUCGGUUGAUCCUUCUUCCCACUCUUCCGAAACGUUGGCGUUGUGUUUAUCCUUUCUUUUUUUCCUUCCAUCUCAUCUCUUGGGAUUAUGCACAAAAGGAAACACGGAUUACCAAAAAAAAAUUAUACUGGGAGGGCAUUGGAUUUUGUUUUUCUGUUUGAUCAUGCACGCCCCUGUCGAGAACCAAGCGUUGGAUUCGAAAAUGCGAGCCCGUAUAUUGAGACGAGAUCAAGACCCUUUUCCUUUAUCGAAACCCAAUUUCUUCUUCUCCUCAAUGUACCAUUAACGUCAACGCCGACACUCUCCGGAGCGGAUUCCACUCCUCAAAACAGAGGGUGGCAUUUGCAAUGUCUUUCUCUUCUUGUUUUCUCUCGAUACCACCGCUUGUUUUUUUUUGUUUAUUCUUGGGGAUUCAUGUCGCCGAACAGGAAGGAUAGCCCGGCAGGGUGUAGCGAGGCGCGGUCGUUUGUUAUCUUUUCUCUUUCUUUCUUUUUUUCCACGGCCGAUGAUUUGUUUGCAUGGAAUGAUUAAUCGGACAAAAGGCUUCCG